GGGUGGUGCCUCGGCCCUGGGCUGGGGCUGGCUCCGUUACCUCGAGAGUUAGGUAAACAUCGCCGGGGCGCUUCUCUGAGAGCAGACUCAUCCCAAGGGGUGAACCAUGAUUACAUUCAUGAAUUCAGACAGUGAAGAGGAAGUCUGCAAUGAGAGGACAUCUCUGAUGUCCACAGAGAGCCCCCCAGCGCGGUCGUAUCAUGAAGGAAUCUGCACAGAAGAAAGGGAUAAGGAGAUCCAAGAGAAACGCCGAGGCAGCCAGUGUAACCAUGGUGACGCUGACCAGCAUACCCCUGAUAGCAGGGGCUCCACGAGAAGCAGCAGCCUGGAGGAAGAGGAAGAAGAAGAAGAGCUGACCCUCAAAUAUGGGGCAAAGCACGUGAUCAUGCUGUUUGUGCCUGUCACUCUCUGCAUGGUGGUGGUUGUGGCAACCAUUAAGUCAGUCCGCUUCUACACAGAGAAGAAUGGACAGCUAAUCUACACGCCAUUUACAGAAGACACCCCCUCUAUCGGUCAGCGCUUGCUCAACUCGGUGCUAAACACCCUCAUCAUGAUCAGUGUCAUUGUGGUCAUGACGAUAUUCUUGGUUGUGCUGUACAAGUACCGCUGCUACAAGUUUAUCCAUGGCUGGUUGAUCCUGUCUUCUCUGAUGCUCCUCUUCCUCUUCACCUACAUUUAUCUUGGGGAAGUGCUCAAGACUUACAAUGUGGCUAUGGAUUACCCAACCCUUUUUUUGGUCAUCUGGAACUUUGGGGCAGUGGGAAUGAUUUGCAUCCACUGGAAGGGCCCCCUGGUGCUGCAGCAGGCCUACCUCAUCAUGAUCAGUGCCCUCAUGGCCUUGGUUUUCAUCAAGUACCUUCCAGAGUGGUCAGCCUGGGUCAUCCUGGGAGCCAUCUCUGUGUAUGAUCUGGUGGCUGUGCUCUGUCCUAAAGGGCCCUUGAGGAUGCUUGUAGAAACUGCUCAGGAAAGAAACGAACCUAUCUUUCCUGCACUCAUAUAUUCAUCCGCCAUGGUGUGGACCGUAGGCAUGGCAAAGGUGGACAGUCCAACGAAGGGAGCCCUCCCCAAGGACCAGGAGCAAGAGGACGACUGGAGCGACACUUCUGGGGACCAUUCUUACUCUGAAACCUACGACUCCCCGAGGUGCACCCCCCUCCACGUGCCUUCCUAUGCCGUGGAGGAGCUGGAGGAAGAGGAGGAAAGGGGUGUAAAGCUGGGCCUGGGAGAUUUCAUCUUCUACAGCGUUUUGGUGGGCAAGGCAGCAGCCACGGCGAGUGGGGACUGGAACACGACCCUCGCCUGCUUUGUUGCCAUUCUCAUUGGCCUGUGUUUGACACUCUUGCUGCUGGCAGUGUUCAAGAAGGCUUUGCCCGCCCUGCCCAUCUCCAUCACCUUCGGUCUCAUCUUCUACUUCUCCACUGACAACCUCGUGAGGCCUUUCAUGGACACCCUGGCAUCCCACCAGUUGUACAUUUAGAGCAAAGCUUAGCCACUAUUAUCUGGAACCUAGGAAAUUCCAACUCUGUGGAGUCAUAUAGUUUUACAAAUUAGUGCCAUAUAUUUUUUAAAACUUUUUUUUUAAAGAUGACACAAAAAAAGUAUUAUGUGAUUACUUCGUGAGAUUGAGCAUCAUUGUGGUGGAGUAGACCUGGGACUUGGGUUGAGAUCCUGACUCUGCCGCUAAUAGCUAUGUGACCGUGAGCCUCAGUUUCCUCAUUGGUAAACUGAGAGAAUUGGGUUAAAUGGCCCCUCCUGGCUCAAACAUGGUGGAGGUGGCUAUGAUUCUAACUUCAGUCAUUUCCCCUUUGACCAGCACUCCCCCUGCUGGAAACCCAGGAGUUCAUUCAGAUGAACUAAGAAAAGAAGCCACAAAAUGUGGCUGUGGGCCAAAGGGGAUGGAGCUAGAUGCCCGCCUAUACUUUAUGGUCUGGAAUUUCAUGGAAGGGGGAAUCCAAAGAAGAUUGUUACAGAUUAGAAGCCCAUAGAAUAUUCUCAGGAACCUAGAUAGAGACUGGUCCUGCCACUAAGAACAAGGAAGGCAAUAUUUCCUUUUUCAGGAAGGAAUGUUCACGAUGUUUUAUCAGUGAUGUCAUUUUUAUUACCUAUUGGAAAUGAACCAAUUCUUGUUACAUUUCAGAUCACUAACUGCUGGGAAGUGGCUCAUUGGCCAUCGUGACUUAAUACUAAUAAACUUCCUUAGAUUAAUUUGGUUGA